GAACGUGCUCAAUAGGGCGCGUGUGAAAUCCUCACGUAUAUUCGUUCUCUGAGGCAUUUCGUCGAACACAACAGCAUGUAUGUACUCGAAGUGGCUUGUCUUUGCUCUACUUAGCCCCUCGCCAUGAUUUCUCUCCUCAAAGCUCGCGAGAGGCUUCUCUCUCCUCUCUUCAGCUCCUCUAUACGCCGUCGUCUCUCCUCUAACCUCUCCUAUUAUUGUGAAGAACCAAGAGAUCCUGACGUCUUUAUACAUCCAAGUGCCGUCGUCCACCCAAGUGCUGUGAUCGGAAAGGGAGUUUCAGUUGGCCCAUUCUGUACUGUUGGCUCUUCAGUGAAGCUAGGCAAUGGCUGCAAACUCCAUCCUUCUAGUCAUAUCUUUGGAAACACAGAGCUGGGGGACUCUUGUGUCCUCAUGACUGGUGCUGUUGUUGGCGAUGAGCUUCCUGGUUGUACAGUCAUAGGAGGCAAUAACAUAAUCGGUCACCACGCUGUGGUUGGUGUUAAAUGUCAAGACUUGAAGUACAAGGAUGGGGAUGAAUGCUUUCUUUGCAUCGGUGACAACAAUGAGAUCAGAGAGUUCUGUUCGAUUCACAGGUCAUCAAAGGCUAGUGACAAAACGGUGAUUGGUGACAACAAUCUAAUCAUGGGCUCUUGUCACAUCGCUCAUGAUUGCAAGAUUGGUGACCGCAACAUAUUUGCCAACAACACACUUCUUGCAGGCCAUGUGAUUGUAGAAGACUAUACACACACAGCAGGAGCUUCGGUCGUCCACCAGUUCUGUCAUAUUGGUUCUUUUGCUUUCAUUGGUGGUGGUUCUGUGGUUUCACAAGAUGUUCCAAAGUACAUGAUGGUGACUGGAGAAAGAGCUGAGCUUCGCGGUUUGAAUCUGGAGGGACUUAGACGCAAUGGAUUUACCAUGUCAGAGAUGAAGAGCCUGAGAGCAGCCUAUCGUAAGAUAUUCAUGUCUACUGAGACAGUCCCCUUAAGUCUUGAAGAGCGCCUCACGAAGAUGGAGCAUAACCAAGAGAUGAACAGUGUUCCUGCGGUUGGUGCCAUGUUGCAGUCAAUCCGAGAUUCUUUCACAGAAGGUCGUCGUGGGAUAUGCAAGUUCAGACAGUGGCUUGAUUCGUGAGUUUUCAAUUCACAGCUUAGAGACUUAGAUUAGCCAUUCAUUGAUCAACAAUGGCUCAACACUGUCUCUUUCACUGACUCUGUAAUAGUAUAUUAGAUAACUUAAACCAAGUGUUGUCAACAUUUGAGUGAUUACAGAACAUAAAUCAAUGAAAGGAAUAUUCCAUUUACGUUGGU